AUCGGUUAUAACUGCAGUACCAUAACAAGACUUUCUGUCUAAUCACAGUUAUUAUUGACUUCUGAGUUAAGGAUACGUCUGGAUUUGUCUGAUUCGACGGCACAGCGAUGUGCAGCUGUGUGCGGAGCUCCAGGGCUCUGUCCCCCGUGCUGCGCCCCGCUCGGCUGCUCCCUCAGACGGGCUACAGGCUGGCCGGCCGGGGCCUCUGGACCUCCCCGCCCUGCCUGGCUGUGGGGGGGGACUCCACGCUGCUGCCGCUUCCCAGCCAGGCCCGGGUGGUGAUCUGUGGGGGCGGCAUCGUGGGCUCGUCUGUAGCCUUCCACCUGGCCAAACUGGGCUGGACUGAUAUCGUGCUGCUGGAGCAGGGCAGACUCGGUGCAGGAACAACCCGACUGUGUGCCGGCAUUGUCAGCGUGGCCAAGCCUAUUUCCAUCGAGUGUCAAAUGGCAAACUACUCCAAUGGUCUCUACAAGGGGCUGGAGGAGGAGACCGGGGUCAAAACAG